AGAAGUGUGCCUAGCUGAUUGGCCGAUCACUAAUGAACGUGAUUGUACAAGAUGCAAACCCUUGAACCGACUCGUUUCAUGAACCCGGCUUGAAUUUCAGCCCACAGCAUUCGGCACCUUUGCUUUCUGGUUCGUAGUAUCUGCGUUUUCUACAUUAACAAACCGGGAAUCUAUCGAGGCAAAAUCGAGUCCAUCUAAAAAGCAGAUAAGUCACAUGACCUUCAAAAUGACCCUCUUGAAUAUAUCUCUAAGCAAGUCGGAGGUAAACACUAGUUCGAAAGAAGCUAAAGACAUGGAUUUAGGCGCGAAACAAGGACUACAAUCAGAGCUGAGUUCUCGCAGUGAAAGUUUGGUAGUGGUUGAGUCUAUCUUGCUGUGUACGGUGUUGUGUGUUAGCUUGACAGGAAACCUGCUCGUGUUCUCCGCCGUCUACCGAAAUCGCCGCUUGAGAACAAUUUCAAACAUGUUCGUUGUGACUUUGGCGGCCAGCGAUGCACUUAUGGCUUCACUCUGUAUGCCCUACUCCUUAGGAACACUAAUCCAUGGAAGGUGGAUUUUUGGAGAGAGGUUUUGCCAAGCUCAAGGUUUUUUUGCGUUCAACCUUGGUCUUGCCUCCUUGAACACUAUGUUCUUCGUUGCCGUGAAUAGGUUUUUCUGCAUCGUGAAACCUGCGAAGUACCAAAUCAGGUUCUCUAAAGGAAAGACGAGAAUUUAUCUUUUGAUUAUUUGGUUCAAUUCGUUUGCGGGUUCUAUCCCACCUCUGUUUUUUUAUUCCGGGGGGUACGAUUUUCAGCCCGGGAAAGCCAUGUGCCUGUACCGGUUCGAGUCUAAUAUCCCCUACACCGUAUUCCUGGAAGCUUUAUUUAUUGGACUACCACUGAAUAUUAUCGCCUUUUGCUACUUGUCUGUAUUUCGUGAAGUGAGAAGGACAAACAAAGUAUUCACCUCAGCAAACGCAACCAGAGCUGAACUUCGCGCACAUGUCCAAGAAACUAAGAUUACGAAAACUUUGGGGGCAGUGUUCCUCGGUUACGUCUCUUGUUGGAUGCCAGUAAGCAUAAUUGACUAUCUGGACGCAGCAAAUGGAAAACCGAUUUACCAUCGAGAAGUAUACAUGGCCUAUAUGUUUCUCAUCUAUAUAUCGAGCAUGAUAAACCCUCUGAUUUACGGGUUAGCAAGUCGCGCAUUUAGAAGAGAAUAUGAAAUGAUGAUAAAGGGAGUCAUUUGUCUAAGGGGCUGUAGAACUAUUGAUCCUCGUACUGUACUAAGCGCAACAGAAGUCACAGCACCCGACAACACUGCCGGCUAAGAGAGAUGAACCAUUUCUCUUCCUUUACUGAAACAAGACCCAUAAGUAAAUAGAGACGCAUGCACAUUACACAAGCGCAAUGUUUAUUUUAUUUGAAUAUGAGAUAAGUUUGUUCAGAGGUGGUACACCUGCUAACUUUCCGCUAAAUAAUUCCGAUAUUGUAGAAAUAAAUAUACCUCCAUUCUUUUUUUGUAUUAACGGUUAAACUAUAUCUGGGACAUCUGUUUCAGAAGUUUGAAUUUAAGCGCCGUCAAAUGAUUUAUUGGGUGUGCGAAAUUAGUAGAGAGUUUACACAACAAAUUUAAGGCUAAUUCACGAGGGCUCUUCGUUUUUAAUCAGAUAGACAAACUAAUGACUUGUUACCAAAAAAAUUUAAAAGCCGUCGCAAUUUUCUCACAUUCAUGUUUUAAUCGCGGUCAUGAUAAAGCGUUAGUCUUUUAUCUUGAUUUCGAUAGACGUUUGUCAUUUAAAUAUCGCUUCCAGACGCAACGUUUUGUUCUAUUUUUUAUCCCUCUGUUUUCUUUCUGCCAGCUCUUUUAAAUAUCCUUUUGCUACCGUUGAAAGCGGAACAGUAAAAUCCAUUUAAGAACAAUUCGAUAACAAAAAAAGUUAUCCAACAAAUGCAUAUAGGAAAAAAAAGGGACAUGACGUUCUACUUAUCAAAUGUUAAGCUAACAGCGUCGGAUGUUUGAUAAAGUAUGCAUGGGAUGUUGGAGCACCGUGAAGGGAAGAACUUGUUGGAAUGGUGUAUCUAAUAAUAUCAAUAAUAAAAGUCGUUAAGUAUGAAAGCCAGUUGCGAGAUGCUUUUAAAGUGAGCAUUAUAUAAAAUCACUAUAUCAUUAUUUAAUAUUUGGUAGUUUGCUCAGAGCAGUAACACCAUAGGCAAACACUUUUAUGAUUCAAUAAAACGUUAAAAAGCUAA